AUGCCAGAAGUCAAACCGAAAGAAACAGAUUCUAAACGCGAUUACGUCAAAUAUGUCGCGAUCCAAGCAAAUCACUCUUCGCUAUCAUUACAAGUGACACUGCAUUUCAACGCAUACUAUGCUGCCUUGUUCUUCCUUUGUGAACUGUUAAUAACGAUAUUUAAAGGAUUGACGCUUCCGUACAAAUUAGAGUUCUUCGUGUGCGAAAUGCUAUUACUCUUCUAUUUUGCUGUGGUUGAGGCAAUUCGUAUCAUUUCGCUGAAGCGGUCAAACCUGUUGGAGUCCGUUCGGGGCAUGAUUCUGUCCAUUUGUGUUGUUCCGCCUGUGGUUGUUUUGUGUGUGUGGAUUAUUUUAUGGCAAAUGUAUACAAUGUACUUUGAAUUUGUUCUCACAGUGAUGUUGUUAAUAUUUUAUCUCAUUGAAAUAAUCAUUGGACUUCUUUGUAUUGCUAAUUUUUCGAGAAUUUUCGUUCCUCAACCUGAUUUGUAA